CAUCUGCUAAGUGAAUACAUGAAAAUCGUGACAAGUUAUGUUCUCUGAAAGCACAGAAUAUCUUGACAUUUACGUGUAAUGAGCCUCACCGAAAACCUAGGGAAAAUGUUCUUCGACAUAUUUAUACUUAAAAAUUCUGAAAAAAAUACACGGAUAAAAUGAGAUGUCGACAGCCAAGGGUUGUAAUGAUUCUUUGUGUGUGUGUGUUGUCAGCUUUUCCCUGCUUUUCCCUGCUGUUUAGAUUUUCAGUGCAUUUUAGGUCUACAGAAUGUAAAGAAGAUGAAGAAGCGGUUACCUCCUUUACAGUAUGUGUGAUAUAAGAGAAUACGUGAUGAGUAGGAGCCAGUUUUUUCCAAGCACGUUUUCAGGAGCCUUUUCAUGGCACUUGUUUUCACACCUCUCUGUCCCACCUCCUUUUUUCCACUCGGGUUCCACCGCUCAUCUGCAUGAAGCCUUUCGAUUGGCUGUUGGACUCUUAUUAGAAUAUGCUGCUGUGUGCUGAUUGGCUGAGAGCUGCAGCGGGCGUGGCAUAUCCUGUUGAAAACACUCAUAAAAGGGAGGCUGCGAUCCAGAGACACUGAAGCAUCUAAGUGCUGCUGUCAGCUUCGUGAGGUGCUGCCCUCCCCCGCCCUACGUCCCAUCAAGUACUCGGUGCGGCGAGCUCCCUUGAAUCUUUCAAAGACCUGCGAACGUUCAGCGUCCUACAAGCAAAGUUGUGUCGAAGAAAGAAGGAAAAGACAGAGAGAGCUGAGAAAACACCUGACGAAGGCUGAAGAACAUGUCCCUGGAUGUGAAAGAGAAGACCCAUGUGCGGCUGGUUUUCCUCGGGGCCGCCGGCGUCGGUAAGACCGCGCUCAUCCGCCGCUUCUUGCAGGACACCUUUGAGACAAAGCACAGGCGCACGGUAGAAGAGCUCCACAGCAAGGAGUACGAGAUCGGUGGCAUCAAGGUGACCAUCGAAAUCAUGGACACCAGUGGCAGCUACUCUUUCCCAGCCAUGCGCAAGCUCUCCAUCCAGAACAGCGAUGCCUUCGCCCUGGUCUACGCCAUUGAUGACCCAGAGUCCCUGGAGGCCGUCAAGAGUCUGCGAGACGAGAUCCUGGAGGUGAAGGAGGACAAGUUCACACCCAUCGUGGUGGUGGGCAACAAGGCAGACCGGGAGGGUGAGAGGCAGGUGACCAGCGAGGACGUGCUCUCCACGCUGGAGCUGGACUGGAACAACUGCCUCCUGGAGGCCUCGGCCAAAGAGAAUGACAACGUGGUGGAGGUGUUCCGGGAGCUACUCCAGCAGGCGAACCUGCCGAGCCGACUGAGCCCUGCGCUGCGUCGACGCCGGGAGACCUUCCCCAAGGACACCGGUCUGCGGCCGCCCAUGAACAAGACCAACAGCUGCACGGUCUCCUAACCUGCCGGUGGGCAGGGGACAGGCGACAGGUCGCUCCCCUGGGCCACACGGCACUGCUGCUCAGAGAGGGUGCGUGAGAGAGAGGAGACGGCCAGAGCUGGCUGAGCUGCGGUAAAAGACAAACCCGUGUUUAAAAAAAAAAGAAAAAAAAAAAAAAAAAACCCUUCGUCUCUCAUCUCCCCUCGUCUGUCCAAGAGACUGCAAGCAGAAGGAAAGUGACGGCUGAAGGGGAAGGACCCCGUGAGGAAAGGGACAGUGCCAUGUGUCGCGUACAUCGUGCGAAGCGGAGCCGUGCCGUCAUUCCACACACCUGUGGUGGUGCCAAAGUGACAGUGAGCUUUCGGUGUUCCGUGUGUAGAUCAGUGUCCAGCAUUUCCGCGUUCAUGCUCUAUCUUAAUACCCGUAAUGUGCACAAGGUCUUCACUUGCAAUAAUAAUUCAGACCAUUGAAGACUGUAAAAUUGUUUCUGACUGAGCGCAGAGGAGAAGACGUGCACCUGUUGGGAACUGUGCAAAAUGCUUUUGUUUGUUUUCGUUUCAACUUUAAACUUACAAUGGUGCACAACUCUCAGACAAGGGUUUGAAAUUGACUUUUACUGUAAAUCAGCGCACGUAUUAAACUCAUGUCCUGCACAAACUGAUUUGAAGCUGCAAAGCUCUGUGUACUUGCACUUUGUUUAAAAUUGGCAUUUAAGUAUUAGUUUUAAUAAAUUAGAUUUUGAGGUUUUUGUAUCUGAAUUUCUUUUUAAUACCGUACGUAUUCAAAUAAAAAUGUUUACUUGUGCCAGAAAUUUAUGUUGAUUUACUUGACUGUUGGCUAUAUGGAAUGUAUUGCAUACAGAUAAAUAAAAUGCUCUUCAAA